UUCCGAAGGCUUUUACAAUGGAAACUUGUCUCGGGCACCCUACGGAGAUGGAAAGGGAACUGCCGCUUCCGUCAAGCACGGUCUGUGUCGAAGGCAAGCUGGGAGGAGGUGGGUGCGGGAGGAACUUCAAAGCCCAGCGGGCCCUGCGCGAGCAACGCCUGCGCGAUGAGAGGACGGGGGGGCGGUCGGGCCAUUUAAAUGUGUGUGUGGGUGAAAUGGCUGCGCAGGUCGGAGCGGUGCGCGUAGUGCGGGCGGUGGCGGCGCCCGAGGAGCCGGACAAAGGGGGGAAGGAGAAGCCCCGGCCCGGGACCUCGCCCCGUGGGACUAAGCGGCAGCGCCGGGCGAGCAGCGGGGGGCCCCGGGAGAAGCGGGGGCGGCCGAGCCAGGACCCCCCUCCCGCUCCCCCUUACCGGCGCCGUCGCAGCCGCCAACAGCCCGGGCCGCCGCCGCCUCCUGCUGCAGCCUCCACCGUCCCGGGCCCCUCGGAGCCGCUGCUGCUGCCGCCGCCGCCGCCGCCCUCGCUGGCCCCCUCGGGGCCCCCUCUGGCCGCACCGCUGGCGGCCUCGGCGCUCUUCACCUUCUCGCCGCUGACGGUGAGCGCGGUCGGGCCCAAGCAUAAGGGCCACAAGGAGCGCGAGAGGCACCGGCACCACCACCACCACGGCGGCGACCCCGGCUCGUCGGGCGUCGCCGGCCCCAAGCACAAGGGCAAGCGGGAGAACGGCGACCAGAGCGGCGGGCUGUCUCCUGCCAGAGCUCCCAAGAGAGAAACACCAGAUGAAAAUGGCAAAACCCAGAGGGCUGAUGACUUUGUCAUGAAGAAAAUAAAGAAGAAAAAGAAAAAGAAACAUCGAGAAGAUAUGCGUGGGAGACGCCUUAAAAUGUACAACAAAGAAGUGCAAACUGUCUGUGCUGGCCUGACCCGAAUUAACAAGGAGAUUCUGACCCAAGGACAGGUGAAUAACAGGACAGGAGUUAACAAGGAAUCCUUCAGGUAUCUGAAAGAUGAGCAGUUGUGCCGACUGAAUUUGGGCAUGCAAGAAUACCGGGUACCCCAGGGAGUCCAAACACCAUUUAUGACUCACCAGGAGCAUUCUAUUCGUAGCAACUUCCUAAAAACAGGCACUAAAUUUAGUAACUUUAUUCACGAGGAGCACCAGUCCAAUGGUGGUGCUCUAGUUCUUCAUGCCUACAUGGAUGAACUCUCAUUUUUGUCUCCAAUGGAGAUGGAGAGAUUUUCUGAAGAGUUCCUUACUCUAACAUUCAGUGAAAACGAAAAAAAUGCAGCUUACUAUGCGUUAGCAAUAGUGCAUGGGGCAGCUGCUUAUCUGCCUGACUUCCUGGACUAUUUUGCUUUUAAUUUUCCCAACACUCCAGUGAAAAUGGAAAUUCUGGGCAAGAAAGAUAUUGAAACAACAACCAUUUCAAACUUUCAUACUCAGGUCAACAGGACAUACUGCUGUGGAACCUACCGCGCAGGUCCUAUGCGGCAGAUAAGUCUUGUUGGAGCAGUAGAUGAAGAAGUUGGUGAUUAUUUCCCAGAAUUCCUUGAUAUGUUAGAAGAAUCACCAUUUCUGAAAAUGACUUUGCCCUGGGGCACGCUCUCUAGUCUCCGACUCCAGUGUAGGUCCCAGAGUGAUGAUGGACCUAUAAUGUGGGUGAGGCCAGGAGAACAGAUGAUCCCUACAGCAGAUAUGCCAAAGUCACCCUUCAAAAGACGCCGAUCAAUGAAUGAAAUUAAAAACCUCCAGUACCUACCUCGGACCAGUGAGCCCCGAGAGGUUCUCUUUGAAGAUAGAACGAGAGCCCAUGCUGAUCAUGUAGGUCAGGGGUUUGACUGGCAGAGUACGGCUGCUGUGGGGGUUUUGAAAGCUGUACAGUUUAGUGAAUGGAGUAACCAACCUCGAAUAACCAAAGAUGUGAUUUGUUUUCAUGCUGAGGACUUCACUGAUGUUGUGCAGAGACUUCAGUUAGACCUCCAUGAACCUCCAGUGUCACAGUGUGUGCAGUGGGUGGAUGAAGCUAAACUAAACCAAAUGAGGCGAGAAGGCAUUCGUUAUGCUAGAAUCCAGCUGUGUGAUAAUGAUAUCUACUUCAUCCCAAGAAAUGUCAUCCAUCAGUUUAAAACCGUAUCUGCAGUGUGCAGUUUAGCCUGGCAUAUAAGGCUGAAGCAGUACCACCCUGUUGUGGAAGGCCCUCAGAAUGAUGAAAGUGAUUCCAACGUAGAUUUUGGUACCACUGGAAAGUCAGAAUCUGAAGCUAACUCUCAGUGUGUGAGUAUAACAACUGAGUCUGAGGGAACACGUGCAGAGAUGCAGCUUCUGACAAGUGCUUCUUCAUCUUUCUCAACUCCAUCAGGACUUGUACAGCAAGAUCAGGGGGCUCAGCUCCUUCCAACUAUAAAGUUGGACCCCGGCCUGGAAUCCGACCAACCACACGAUCCACAGGACCAUCCAAGCACUCCUGUGUGACAUGUACAUAUUCAAACACAUUUUUUUAACUUUUUUAAAUUUUGAUGUGAAGUUAUAGUUUUAUAACUGGCUUAAGUUAAGUUUUAUUGGAGAAAUCUUGCCUAUAAUUCUAUAAAGAGAAAUGACAUUCCAAAAAUGUCAAGCAUAUCUUUUUUACACAGAUUAUGCAAAGUUAAGAGUUGUAUCUUAUCCCGUUAGUACAGUAUGUAAUAGUGGGUCUGCUGCUACUUUCUGUUUUAAGGUGUGAGGUAACAGUUCAGUUGCUCUUCAAAUCAAAAUAGGAGCUCCCUGGAGUUACAGAUUCUUCUUUAGUAAAUUGAUCACUCCCUUGUUUUAUCUUGUCUCUUGCCAUAUCAGCUUCUUUUAUAAAAUAAGAUCUGUAGCUUAGUGCCUGUGUCCUUUAUUGCACAGGUACAGUUUCUGCAGUUAAACAUGGCAUUGGCUGUAGGAUGGUGUUCCUGCAUCCUGCCUUAUGGCAAGUGUGGCAUUUAGUUCCAACUACAAAGAACAAGUGACUUCUGUGGCUGUUCAGGUAGCUCUCCAGUUUCUUAGUGAAAGAGAAAGCACAGCACUUUUAAUGAUCACCAUGUCUUCUUUGUAUCUGUUCUUGAAAGCCCAGAGGAGAACUUCAGUAAAUCUACAAACAAGUAGUCCCUAGUCAUUAUCUUUGGCUCAUUAAUCGAGAGUUCAAGAUCAACUAUAGAAGAUGUUCUUGUUAAAAAUAUAGAGUUGAUAUGAUAACUGUGAUGCUCUGCCCAACACCUUUGUCUUUGGUGUGGAUACUUUGCUUCCUAAACUCAUCAGUAGUCUCAGAAUUAGAAACUGCUCUCCAUUCUACUGAUGAGGCUGCCAUAUUUUGAGCAUCAGUUUUGGGUAAGACUCUGCUUGACUUGUCAGCUGGCUUCAAUCUCUUCAUGAUAAAAAUCUAGUAUUACUAAUGCACUUAAACUCACAGUUGUAACUGGUGCAUACCUGAGUUUAUUCACUGUUAAUUGUGUUGCUAUUUCCUAGUAAGGAAUAGUUGCACUAGACUUUUCACCCUAGAGUUUCAGGUAGCCUGAUGCGAUAGUGCCUGGAUGCUUUUAUUUUUAUUUUUCAAACGGGCACAGUUCAUCUAGUUAAUGUAGUCUGAACAUUUUGUUAUUUGAGAAUGUUAGUGUGAUGUGCAUCUCACUUUCUCUUGGUUCUUAAUAAUGCCAAUAGGCCUUCUGUUUAUUAGAAAAAAGAGUCUCCCCCACCUAAGACCAGAUUGGCAUAUCAACUUGGUUAUGGUGCAAUUUGGAGUUUCGUUCUUUUCCUUUCUGGAAUAGGUGAGAUUUGGAAAACUUAUGUUAACAUAGGCAAAAAAGAUGCAGUUUCAUUAUGUCUGUCACCAUGGAAACUCAGCUGUAUCUUUUGAAAUAUCAAUUAUGAAUUUUCUCUAAAAGUUUCUGAAAUAGGUUAAGUUUGUUAUAUAAAUAUUACUUUGUGCAAUAUUGUUGUGUAGUUAUGCAUAUUAGCACAGUAUAGGGGUCACUGUUUAAACUGAUAGAAAAGUAACCAUCAGAAAAUACUGCAGUGAUUAGUUAGAAUCUGUAUUAUUCCUUAUAUAUAUGUAUAUGUAUGUAUUCUUUGUUACAAAGAAUGAAGACAAAUAGAGAAACAUUUCAAUUUAAACCAUUUACAAAUUGGAAGUGAUGGUGAAUGUUCAGUAGUCUGUGUAAAUAAGGUGUUAGAGUGGAAAGCUUUUAUGUGAUUCAUGCAGGGGUGUUUUUAAAUCUUGGGUAAAAAUUCUAGGGUAAAAAUUCUAGUUCAUCAAGGCUAGUUUAGAGAUCUGCCCUGAGUUUUUGGCUUUUAUCACUUUUUUUUUUUGUCCAGAAGAAUUUCAUAGAGCUUUACCAGGCUGUGCAAAGUAAAAUUCUUCUCAGGCAUCAUUUUGCUUUAGUGCAGUUUUGAUAUUUAUAAGAAUCAUGAAGAGCAAGGUUAUUAACAGGAAUAUUGUUUUUUUAUUCCUCUUCAUUCACUUUUGUCUUCCAAGAUCCCAUCUCCCCCAUCUCCUACUUGCCAUCCAGCAGAUGCCAUUUGUCGUCUAAGCUGGUCAUUGCUAACAAACAAGGAGACUGUCUCCUGACAGCCAGCACUGUGUGUAUUUACUCAGGAACCAGCAAAUCUGCAAAGACUUUACAAUCAAAAGCAAAACUCCAUCUUUUAUUGUUUAAGGCAUUUUACCCUCACCUCCAAUAUAAACAUUUAAAAAGGUAUAAACCUUUUAGAUCAUGUAGUAAUAAAUUCAUUGUAUUUUAGAAUUGCAGUAGAAUGGGAAGGGGGAAACCAUUUAGCUUGUAAUAUGUAUCUGGAAACUCCUGAAUGUCCUAUGUGAGUAUUAGAUUUUAAUAGCAUGAUUUUAAGACUGAUGAAUAUAAAAGCAGGCAAGCUUGAGUUUCAUACUGCUUUCAAAGCUGUAUCCUAGGUUAGUGAAAUAAACAAUUGAAACUUUUCUAAAUAAUUAAAUUAUUUGGUUUGGUGGGUUUAGGCAUGGACCAAUUCCAUGUCCUUUGAUUUGUAAAAUAGUGAUGGCAAUUUUGAACUUUUAAGUGGAAUUAAGCUGAUCUCCUCUUCUGUAUAAAUCCAUUGUGCCAACUCUUUUAGAGAUUAUAUCUCUUGCAGAGAGUGUGGGUGUAAGAUGUAAAAUUAUUUGGAGCAGAGGGAUGGCAGAAAUGUCCUUGUGUAAAGGGCCUAAUAAAUUAAUAUUCUUAACCCUACUGACUAUAAAGCACCCUUUGAUGGUUGGCUCUGUGGUAUCCAUUUAAAAAAACCCAACAAAACAGAAACAAAAACAGACUCUUUAAACAUUCUCUUUCCCCUCCCCACCAAUUUUAUAAUCACAAGUGAUGUGCUAGGAGUGAAAGUACAACUUACACAAGUACAUUUUAAAGAGUUACUUCAUGUAGUUAAAGGAUAAAUCUGUGUAAGGGAAAAGUUACACAUGUAUAUGAUCUCUCCAUGACCAUUACUAUUUAGAACUUUUUUUUCAAAGGGUAUUAGUGAUUAUUCAAUUGUAGAAGUUAUAUGGAUUAUCAUUAUGGGAGAGAGAGAGAGAGAGAGAGUGUGUGUGUGUGUGUGUGUGUGUGUGUGUGUGUGUGUGUGUGUGUGUGUGUGUGUGUGUGUGUGUCUGUAGGUGUAGGUAUGUGAGAGAGUUUUGUGUGGAUGGAGGUGUCCCAAAUGACCAAUAGAUCCUAUUUUUAAGUUAACUAUGAAUUUGAGGGUGCUUAUCUAAAUAUUUCACUCAGUUCAAAUGCCCCUGAAUUUGUUUUACUUAAUCAAAAUAUGGUCUUCCUCCGAUUAUAGACAGAGUGAUAUCAUCUGAAGAAUAUUGCACACAGGAAAAACCAGCCCAGCUUUAUCUAAGGGAAUAUAUUUUACUUUAGUAAAGAAUUUUAAUCAAUAUUGUUAGGUUUACAAUCCAAAUUUAGUAGUGGUUGGAGAAAAUGUUGCUUAUUAGGUCCUUUUCUAUCCUUCUAGAUUUUCUUUCCUUCUAGAACAGAAUAUUUUAUAACUUACAGGCUACCAUGUUUUAGGACAGGACCCAAAACUCUGCAAACAAACAUGUGGUGAAUGCAUUCUUGACAGUAACAACAGUGGACUUUCAAUUUUCUUCCACAUUUGGCCACUGAAAGGUCUGUUUGCAUUCUCACCUAUGGAAGAAUCUAGUCCAUGUCUCUCCAAUAAGUUGUUUUGUUAAUGCCACAAGGAUUUUUAAAAAAUAAAAAUAAAAAAAUUAACCUUCACUGGCACAUACCACUAGUUUCAAGUUCACAUUUGUGCUGAAUUUUAUUUUUAUAAACACAGAUUGCAGCCAUAACGGUCCUGUAGUAGGUAGAGGAAAGGCAUAAGGUAAAUGUUUUUCUUCAGCACCAACAGGACCUUUUAUUAUCCUGAAAGUUCAUGUUGCAGAUUAAAUUUACAUUGCUUUAAGAGCAAGUAUCUCUCCAUAAAUAUUAUGGCCUUCCAUAUUGUUCAUAGACUUUUUAGGAUCCACUUGUGCAUGUAAUUGAGGAGAAUACCUCCUCUUAAUAUAGCACUUUUCAAUUCUCUCUGAAGAAAUACUUUAGUACUACUUCUAAUCACAUGUUGUAAAGUUUCGUGUAAUAGUGUUUUCUGUGACUAAACUCUCAUUUUGAUCGGCAGCUAAGACUUUUUUUCUGUGGCUUUAAUUUAUCUUUGCAUAUAGAUGAAAUUAUAAUUUGCCUGGAGGACUGUUUGCAUUGUAUGGCCUUCGUAUGUUUAUUGACAUUAACAAGUGUUUUAAAGAGGUUUUUAAUGAAUAGUCUAAACCUAAAUCUAUGUGAAUAAUAAUCCUUUAACAGUGCAUUUCUUUUUGUAGCUGACUGUCUAAGCGUGUUAAAUCGUUUAAGCUAUUUCUUUGUAAAAUAGUACAAUGGAAUGCAUAGAGGUUUUUUUCCUGUAAAGUAUUUUUUUAAUAAACAAAGUCUGAUUUGUCCUUUAA